CUUUUAUACAAUUUCCGUCAAUAAGAAAUAUUUUUCAGAAAGUUGAAAACAAUGUUUUCAAGAUAUUCAUCCAUACAUAGGCAAUAUGAGGCAGAGCCUAAGGAGAAUAAUAGAGAAUUAAACAAAAUGGAUUGGUAGAUACAUGUACAAUUUUCCUGAACAUGUUUGUUCCCUCACCUUACCAGAAUGGGACCAGUCUAAUAAUGUAUAUCAAGUUGUUCUCAGCUUGCAUACUAUUAUUACAAUAUGUUAUGGCAGGACACAUUCCUAUUCAACAAGAGGAAGUGCUUUGUUCUCAUCAGCCACCACCAGAAGAUGAAGUGAUUCGCCAUGUCCGCUUAGACACCGAUCACAAGGGUCAUAUACAGAAAAGAAGUAUUUUUGAAAACCUUAGGAUUCACCUUCACUAUGACUACACUGUUAGCCUGUUGUCUUAUAGCCAACAACAACUUGUGAAGAGAUUGGUGAACGAAGCAGUUCAAUACUGGGAGAGAACAUUGAAGGUCCGUAGAGGAGUUCUAGCUGUAAGAUUGAACAGACAGUGUACAUCACCAUUAAGUGUGACAUAUGAUCGAGGACAUAGGUUCUGUGAUGGUGGUUGUGCAGCUGUUACUAAAUGUGGGGAUAUCUUAAUUCCAGAAACUCAUCUUGAAAAGUGUUACUAUUUUGAUGGGACAGCGUUCAAAAGUAGUAUGAAUUCAGGACCAGGUGUACAAGAUACAGAUUUUCUUCUGUACGUAGCAGCAGUAUCAACAUCACGUUGUUCCACUGGUAGAACUAUUGCCUACGCUGCCCAUUGUCAACAGGAACAUCUACUAGAUCGACCAAUAGCAGGCUAUUUUACUAUCUGUCCAGAAACUAUAUCGACCAGAUCACAGGAUCAUCUCCAGCUAUUGUCAACUAUCAAACAUGAAAUAUUACAUGCACUAGGAUUUACAGCUGGACUUUUUGCAUUCUACAGAGAUGAUAGUGGAGUGCCAUACACUCCAAGGUUUACAUCAUCUAACUUACCACCAUUUAAUUCUGUCCUCGGUCUUUACCAAUGGAGUCAAAAGAUUGUACGAAAAGUUGAGAGAAAGGAUUGGAAAGUAGCUAGUGGUUAUGUUACGCAUGCAGUUAAUCUAAUAGUUACACCAAGAGUUGUAAAUGAGGUCAGAAAGCAUUUUAACUGUCCAACUUUAGAAGGAGCAGAACUAGAAAAUCAGGGGUUGAUAGGAACUUAUCUUACACACUGGGAGAAACGAAUAUUUGAAAAUGAAGCUAUGACUGGAACAUAUACACAAAACCCAGUAAUAUCACGUAUAACUUUAGCAUUGAUGGAAGAUACAGGCUGGUAUAGAGCAAAUUACUUUGGAGAGCAGCAUUUAGAUUGGGGGAAAGGGUUAGGUUGUGACUUUGUAAAGAAAAGUUGUUUAGACUGGAUACACACCCAGCGAGCAAAGCAUGGGGACAUUCAUCCAUUCUGUGAUACAGUUCGUCGAGGUGUUUUAAAAACAGAAUGCACAAGAAACCGUAAUGCUGUUGCAUUUUGUAAUUUACAAGAAUUUACUGUAGCCUUACCUUCAGACUAUAGAUAUUUUAAUUCUCUACCUGGUAUUAAUUCAUAUGAUGUCAACCGUUAUGGAGGAUCAGUAUCAUUAGCAGAUUAUUGCCCUUACCUACAGGAAUUUUCAUGGAAAGAUGGGGACAGAACUGUAAGAGAUUCUCGCUGUGCUAUGAAGGAAAAUAAUCCUCACUCCUCUUUAAAUUUUUAUGGUGAAUAUUUUGGUCAAGGAUCUCAAUGUUUUAACCAUGCUAAUUCCUGGAUAAUACAACACUGUAAUUUCUUACAUCCAGUCUCUCAUUCAGGCAGUGGUUGUUAUAGUUACGAUUGUGACAAACAACAGGGACUUAUUAUUUAUGCUAACGAUCGUUCAUAUCAAUGUCUUAAAGCAGGACAAAAAAUACAUAUAAGUUAUAUUGCAUAUCAGUAUCUUCAUGAUGGGGACAUCAUUUGCCCAUCGUGUACAGAGAUGUGUGAUAUGGCAGGGUAUGUUUGCCCACCAGAAAGAGAACCAUAUAAAGUCAUUGGUGAUGCAUUUUUAAGGGUACCAUGUGGUGCAGAUAAAAUAAAUGCAUUCUUAAAAGAUUAUUUUAUAUCCUUUAUAGUGUUGUUUUUGAAUCUAUACAUGUGCCAAAGCUAGCAUUUAUUAUAACUUUUUAUUUUAUUUAUCUCAGUUUGCUACGUAUACACUAUUUAUUUUUUACACUCAAUGUUGUUAAAUGUGUGAUUGUUUAAAUGGCUUAUGAAAAGAUGAAAAGCUUUUGCUUUUCAAAAAGUAAAAAAAAAUAAUUAUAUAAUAAGAAUGAGAAUAGGUCAUGUAGGUUGUUUAUUUGCCAAUUAUACACGUGUACAACUAUCUACCAGAGUUAAUUUGACAACGCUUAUGCCUUUAUUUACUUUUACACUAUUGAUUAACACUUGCAUUUAUGUAGUAUUACUACAAACAAUUCUACUUUUAAAAUCAUACUGGCAAUAAUUUUCACUUAUUCUAGUUGUCUAUUCACACAGAAAACCAUACAAUAAAAUCAUUUUAAAAUUGAUGAAAUAUUUAAUGAUUAAUUUACAUUGCCUUGACAUUAGUUUUAUCUCAUUGGAAUUCUUUAUUUACAUUUUAGUUACAACAUUGCCAAUAAUUUUACUUUAUAAAAAUCUUAAAGUAAUUCACUGUUAGAAUAACCAUAGUAUAUGGUUAUUUAUAAAAAUUGUUUCACAUUUUGUCAGGCAACUAAUAGCUAAAUAGAGGUUUAAUCCUUGUUGUUCUGUAGUUGGUUUACACCAUUGUUUCUUAUACUCUGAUGGAUAGUUGUCUCAUAGGCAAUCAAACUACAUAUUUGAUCAUGCCCUUAAGUUUAUAUAUCAUGUAUUAUUCAAAAAUGAUUUCAAUUACCAGCCUUCAAUUACUACUUACGAAUGGUUGUUGUGAUUAUUUAAUUUUAGCCUUUGAAUAAUUUUCACUUGGAAAAGGCGUGAUGUUAUUUGUAUUAUUUUUAUGAGAUAUUUGGUGUUUUAGAUAAACAGCUGCAAAUAAAUGUAUUAAUUUUAACCAAUGAGAAACAUUAUAUGAAAUACAUUUAUCGCUAUUUUACGAAAUUUUCCUUUGAUCUUACUAACUGAUAGUUUCCUUUCUGGGAAGAGUAGAGUGAUAUGAAAAAUGAUCGCUUGAAACUAAGGGUGCACAUGCCCAUUUUCAGUGAAAUUAACAACGUUGUCAAAGGUAAAAUAGAGAUAAACAAAUUAUCAUUGGUCAUCUCAACUCAAUUGCUUUUUCACUUUAUCUGUAUCAGCUCAAGUAAGAACGUCAAUCUGGUUGAGAUUAUCAACUAUAAUCUAUAGUAUAUUAUUACUUCUGAAUAUAGGCAAAAAAUAUAUUUUCUGAUAACCUACUUAGAUUUAUAUCCAUUAUUAUUUUAUAUUAGAUUUGAAUUUAACUUUUUCAUUGGUAUAGAUAUGCUCUCAUGUGACAUUCUCAAUUUUACAACAAGAAAUCCAUGAGUGAUAAUCAUGGUCAUGUCUACUUAUCAUUCUAGAGUUAUAUCCCUUUUUGUCUAAUUAUUUUUUUGAUACCUUGUAUUUUGAUAAAUUAAAUUUUACUAAUGAAGAUGGCAAUAUCAUGAUAAAUUUGAUUGACUGCUUUUGGGACAGAAGUUUUAUGGAUUAUGCCCUUGCCCGCUGCUACACAUUAUCAAAGUUUCUGUCAAUAUUACAAUCACAUGGCCAUGGGUAGUCAACUGUGGAUUUGACGGCAACUUUCAGCCAAUGAAAAACAAUGUUACAUACAAAUUGCAUUAGAAUAUGAUAAUGCCCUCUUAAAAAUAACUAUAAUGUUGUUGUUGUAAAGCAAUAUAUAUAUAGUGUAAAUUCAAAAAUUGUGGUUGCAUUUAUUUUGUGAUUUUUGAAGAAUUGACAAGAUUUGAUGUAUAUAUUGAUGAAAUUAAUUACCAGUUUUUACUUGAGGUCAGUUUUAAAGAACAAGGGUUAAUGACAUGUGGUCAUUUGUGACCCAUAUGAUAUGUGUCAGUUGGUGUAUAAAAAGGUAUAUACUAUGAAAAUAAGAGCGUGGGGCUUUGCUUUGUUUUGUAUCAUCCAGUGGCAAAUACUUCAUGUAUGUUCAGGAUGAUCGAUUGGUUGUGAUCUUUGAGUAAAUUACGAUUACUAUUGGUCAGUAAAAAACUCAUGAGAUAGCUUUUUGUGAUUAGUUGUGACCCUUAUUAGUGAAUGAUCUGUGGUCAGUUGUGAACAAGGGACUGUAAUGAUCAUAAGUAAAAUGAUACCAUGUGUUAAGUACUGCACCAAAACUUUCCCUGCUAAUACAAAGCCUCAAUUUUCAAGAUUUUUCAAUUUUUACUAUAUAAACAAAUGAGUCAACUCUGUUUUGUAUACAAAAUGAUUCAAAGAUUUACAUGUUCUCAUUCAUCUGACAGAAGGUGCAAUUGAUAAGUCAAAGGUUUUUGUGAUUUCUCAGUAAUUAUAAGUUAAAGAUCAACUUUAUAUUGUAUUUAGUACAUGUCUUUCUGAUUUUGACCAUGGGCUCUUUUUCAUAUUAAGUUUUCAUGAAUACAUCAAAUUCUCAGUUACUAUUAUUUAACUUUAUUGUGCUUAAAGAGUGAUUUAUGGAGUUCAUGUUUUUUUUAUAUUGAUCUCUGCCUUGAACUGAUUUAGACAGUUUAUUGGUCAUUAUUAAAUUUUCUUAGCUAUAUCAGAAUCUUAGAGUCUAUGAGUCAUCAUGUGCACAGGUCAACUUGUAUGCAUUGUCUUUAGAACUGUAGAAUGAUUGUAAAGAGUACAUGUCUUUCUAACUAGAUGUGGCCUUGAACUCACCAUUACAUCAGAAUCUCAGUUACUAUUAGUAAUUGUCAACCAUAUUUGAUGUGUUUGUAUAGAACCACUAAUUCUAGGCACAGGCACUUGUCUCAGAAUUUCUUUUUCCUAUAUACCUUUAUUAAACACAAGGUACUUAAGUGUAUACCACACAUACUCUUGUUGUUGGAAUUAUCUGUAGCAAUAUUAUUCAAGUAUGAAAAUUGUGUGAUAUAAAGGUAUAAAGGAUUUUUCUUUUCUGAGACAAGUGCCUGUGAUUCUAGGUCUGGAAUAUGUAAAACUUUUUGUAUGAAAAAAGAUUAAGGACCUGGAAUCACUGUCUAACCCUUGCAAUUGUGGAAUGAUAACUUAAAUGAUAAAGAAAGUUGUAUGGAAUUGAACAAUUGAAAUAUUGUGCCACUCUUACUACAUGUAGUAUAAAAAAAAGUCUUAUAUACACACAUUGAACCACAAUAAGCAUUACACAUGUGAUAAAAAAAUAUUAUUUGGAAAAC